UGUGUGUGUGUGUGUGUGUGUGUGUGUGUGUGUGUGUGUGUGUGUGUGUGUGUGUGUGUGUGUGUGUGUGUGUGUGUGUGUUCUUGUAUUCCUAUACUUAUGGGGACAUCGAUCUGUUCACACAGUCACGCCGUGGGGACCUCUGACAGUAUGGGGACCAAAAUCGAGGUCCCCAUGAGGGAAAGUGCUUUAAAUGAAUGCAGGAGUCAAUCUGAAGGUGCCUGUGUGAUUUUUAGCUUUGGCCCAUAAUUCACAAAUUUCUGUUUUUAUUUUCGGGACACACACACACACAGAUUUCUCACUAUCGCCCCCUAGAAUCCCAAGUUGGUAUUGCAACUAAUAGUUCACACACACCACUACCAAAUAUGGUAGGUACCGCCCCUUCCUGGUCCCCAUAAUGUAUGAAUUCACAAACUAAGAACUUUUUUCAGUGUUAAUCAACAAUUAGGCUAUUGGAAACGUUUAUUUGCAAUAGAUGCCAACUACAUUGCUAAGAAGUUGUGCAGAGAAGACGCAAGUUAUAUAUCGCCAUAGGCAGAUUACUUUAGCAUGUUCUAAUUGUGUGCUUGUGUGCACAAAGUAAGUUAGAUAUCAACGAGUUCUCAAUUUAACACAAAACAAGUUCACGUGUACAUUGCAUGUUUUAAAGCGUAUUAAGAAAAAGUAAUGCCUAAUUAGCCUGCGCCAGUGGUUAGGAGUAACCCACAACCACAUUAACUGGUGCUGUAAAUUGAUAAGCCAGUGCAACGGGACAAUGCAAAGUUGUCAGAAACCGAUUUUAUGCAGUGUAUUAUGGCAGAUGCUAGAUUAAAAUAUCAGAUUUUCAAGUACUAGGUGCUGUGUGGUUUCUUUAAUUUAGAUGUAGGCUACUGUGCCGACAUUGUCGUUUAAAAUAUGUUUGCCUACCCUGGCGAUCGUGUCAAACUCUGCCUAUGAAUAUCGCACGCAUGUUUACAAUACAAACAAUGGUUAUGACACAAAAUACUGUAAAAUAAAUAGUCUUCUACAUAUAUCAGGGAUAUUUGUAUUUGCGACAGCAGAAUGGUGCUUUAACCAUGGCUCUUGAUUGCUGGCAACCUGCGCGCUCUCUGACGUGACUGCCUCUUCGGUGGCCGUCCGGGGAGAACGCAUGCAUGUUCGGUUCAAUGUUUACAGCAUUGGCAAUUUUAUUCAAUACAAAAUACAACUUAUAGGAAUUGUAAUUGCUUUAUAAUUAAUUGAGUGUUCGAUUGAAAUAAUAUAUUGCUUGAUAUAGUAAAAUCAAUAAAACAUGACUUCUUAAUAGUGAAUUAGAAUUUAUAGAUAUGGUAUUUUUCCAUAAUAAUAAUAAGAUUAAACAUAUAUUUCCGAUUGUCCAAACAAUACAUUCUUCCAAUGCUAGCAAGGGGCUUGUGACUUUGGCCGUUUGCUUUUAAUGUGAAAUCAGACAGGAAGUCAAAUGUACCUUCAGGUUCAUAUCAACCUCAAUCUAGAAGAAGAGCCUAUUAUCUCUGUGAAACCUUCGAAUUUGAUGCAUAUUAAAGAUUUACCCGGAGCAAGUGGCGUGUUCAUUUGAAAUGCCACCAAGAAUCAGUCCCCUCACAGAUGCCUGUCACCAUGUCGGUUUAAAGACUGACAAAACAUGGAAACUGGAGGUGAAGUACAUCAAUGCAAUAAAAGGGCGUGGGGUGUUCGCCAUAGGUUCAUUCUCCAAAGGAGAUUUUAUAGUGGAAUACAGGGGAGAUUUGAUAAGCGAAGGUGAAGCUCAAAAGAGAAGAAUUUAUAACCCUGCAUGUUCUGGAUUUUUGUACGCGUUCAAGUUGGGAGGCAAAACAUGGUGCAUUGACGCCUCGAAGGAAGAUGGUUCUUUCGGCCGCCUGGUGAACGAUGACCACAGACAUCCCAAUGCCAGGAUGAAGAGAAUAGACAUUGCAGGAAGCACACACCUCUGUCUUUUUGCUCUCAAAGACAUAAAAGAUGGUGAAGAAAUUGCACAUAAUUAUGGAGGAGAGGACUGCCCAUGGCGAAAGCAGAUGACUACAUGUGAACCUGAGACGUCCUGUGUGAGCUCCCAGUCUGUGCUCAUGUCAGAGCCACAGUGGGAUGAAGCUGCCUGGUUAGAGGACACUGGUCAACAGAUGACUACAUGUGAACCUGAGACGUCCUGUGUGAGCUCCCAGUCUGUGCUCAUGUCAGAGCCACAGUGGGAUGAAGCUGCCUGGUUAGAGGACACUGGUCAACAGAUGACUACAUGUGAACCUGAGACGUCCUGUGUGAGCUCCCAGUCUGUGCUCAUGUCAGAGCCACAGUGGGAUGAAGCUGCCUGGUUAGAGGACACUGGUCAACAGAUGACUACAUGUGAACCUGAGACGUCCUGUGUGAGCUCCCAGUCUGUGCUCAUGUCAGAGCCACAGUGGGAUGAAGCUGCCUGGUUAGAGGACACUGGUCAACAGAUGACUACAUGUGAACCUGAGACGUCCUGUGUGAGCUCCCAGUCUGUGCUCAUGUCAGAGCCACAGUGGGAUGAAGCUGCCUGGUUAGAGGACACUGGUCAACAGAUGACUACAUGGGAACCUGACACGCACUGUGUGAGCUCCCAGCCUGUGCUCAUGUCAGAGCCAAAGUGGGAUGAAGCUGCCUGGUUAGAGGACACUGGUCACCAGAAGAGGAAACUGUUGGAGGCACGGAGGGGGAAUCAAAUCCCAGCAAAACAGAGACGCAAACUGCCACCAGCAGAAGAUGGAGCAUCUUCUACAGUCUGUGCUGUGAGCCAUGUUCUUCCAAAGGCUGCAGGAAUCGGUCUGUUUCUUUUCUUUGUAAACUGACUCGAUUGCAGCUUUUCUGCACCACCGCCUGGUCUCGUCUGCUUUCUAGGUGAGGCGUAGUUCCUCUUGCGUGUUUCAACUAACCUAUUUGUUUGUCCCUGUGAUGACGUUAAUUUUCAUGGCUACUUGGAUGCAUGUUAAUGCAGGAGUCAACCAACAGACUGAGAGUGGAACACUCCAAUCAAUCAUUUUUUUUAUAGCACCUUUCAUACAGUUAGUGCAGUUCAAAGUGCUUCACAGAUGGCUGAGAAAGCAGAUAAUAGGACAUAUAUUAAUUGAAGAUGAAAGAAAGAUUGCAGACAAAGGAAUUAUGACAAGAAAAUUAUAAUGUUAAAUAAGAAAAAGAAAGCUGCCAUAAUAUCGAAGACAUAAUGCUACUGUUGCUAAAAAACAAAAAUAAGGAAUUAAUAUUAUAGUCUCUAAAUGAAAGUGUGUGGCAUGUAAUACAAUAAAAAGUUUUUAGUUGACACUUUACAAUAAGGUGUACUAAUGAGCAGAUCACUGAGGAUUGUUGAUGCAGGACAUGAAACUUAUAGGAACUGUAUCUCCUUCCUGAUACUUUCAUGUAAACAUCUGUUUUUCUACUCAUUUACAGGAAAGGCUCCACUCAAAAGGGAACCAUGGCAGCCAGCAGAGAUAAAGGCCGUCGAGAGGCACAUAAAGGCUUUAAUACAUGCUUGCACUGUGCCAAAAAUGUCUAACUAAACUAAAUCUGUAGGUGGCGAAGAAGUUAAAGCUGCGUCACGCUUUGAACUAAACACUUUUUCCAUCUAGUGUCGACUGGGUUUUUGGAUUGUCGGUGCCAUUAAAGUAGCAUUAAUAAUCGUCGUAAUAAUCCUAACGAUUAUUAAUGCUACUUUAACGGCAUAGACAUUCCAAAAACCCAGUCGACACUAGAUGGAAAAAGUGUAUAGAACAAAACGUGAUGCAGCUUCCCUUUUUUUCUUCGCAACCUACAGACUUUGUUAUGUACGAUUAUUCAAACACGCCAUGUUAUUUAAUAUAGACAUUUGACCGAGGGAAACGGAGCCUCAGAGGUCGAACUUAUUCUCUCAAGGUCUAUGUGACUUCCAUUUAUAUUGUGACUAUUCUGUAUCUUGAUGCCUCUUCCUGGCCCACAAGGAUACACCAGCAGGUUCUGACAUGUAUUAACCGCACUCUGAUGGCUCGAGUCUGUGCGUGAUGUGUGUCUAUGCUAAUGUAUGUAUGUGCUGGUAUACUUUUAAAAAUAAAGUAUCAAUGCAUCUAAUUCUCCAUCCGUCUCUGGUGCUAUUUACUGUGGACCCACACCUGUUUGGGAGAUCCCUCCCAUGUGUGAGGGUGGCAUCGAUGGUGUUGGUAAAAUAAAAACCCAUACACACACAUAGUGCACGGUAAUAUCAUGAAAUAAGUUGGUAUCACGCCACAUAUAGAUGGUGGAUGGCCAAGAGGAACAUUUGCAGAGGGCAUGGCCGCCCCUGGUUCCAGGGGCUCUCGGAAAUUGAGAGGUUAAAACACCUUGGCCCUCUGGCUAUACUCUAUAUACUCUCCUCGGGCUAUAUAUAUUUAUGUACAAUCAGGUCCCCAUUAGUCACCAAAUAAUCUGUGUGAAAUAUUCUAAUUUAUGUAAAUGAUGUCCCCUGAAAGCAUGUUUACUGGUUCUUCCGGAAGUCCCCAUAAAGCCUGGUUAAACCAUCACAAAACUCUGAAACAUCAUUUCAGAGUUUUGAAGUUGUGUAUAGGUUAACUAAGCUAUGGCAAGUUUACUGAAUUUUUUUCAGCUCUCUACAACCUCUGGAAAGGGUGGUCCUCACAAGUGAUGAUUAUAAAGGUCGUCCUCAUGAGUGAUGAAAACCAGUAUGUGUGUGUGUGUGUGUGUGUGUGUGUGUGUGUGUGAUAAUAGAAAACAAAACAUGGUUCCAUUCAUCUGAUAAUUAUUAAUAGUCCACUACAGGCAGCAACCUUACAGGUGAUUUGCAAUAUUGCCACAAACAUGUACAGUCUGAAAUAUGUAUAAAUUAAAUAUUGACGAUGACUAGAUGAUUCUAGUCACUAUUCCCAAACCCGUAGCUUGCAGUAACUGUCAACUGUCCUUAAGUCAUAGUGUGGGACUGAGGUGUUGUCAUUAACCUAUUUGAUUUGACCCCUUCUGUC